AUGUCAUCACCCCCAGUUUCCCGAGAAAGGCCGCUUUAUCAACCAUUUCAAUGUGUCAUCUGUCAAAGACGCUUUACGCGCCAUGAAAACCUCAAGCGCCACGCAACCCUCCAUUCACGAUUCCCGGGCGAGGCUUCUCUACCAUGUCCAUUUUGCCAGGCAACUUUUUCACGAUCGGAUCUUCGCCAUCGUCAUGUCAGAAGAAAGCAUCCCGAGCAGGAGCCAAAGUCACCCACCAAGAGACAGCGAUCCAACGAACCUAAACAGCCCGAUAGCGCGGAGAGCCAUGCGGACAAAUUAUCGGUCUUUCUUCCGGAUACAUCCAAAAUCCCUCUCCAGCUUCAUGAGUCGAGUGGGGUUGGAGUGUUUAGCAUCGAUCAAGGGGCAUGGGAAGCGAUUGGAAACACCGAAUACCACCCCAGCCACGACCGUCACGCAUCAGUAGAACAAAAUACACCCUUGGAAUCAAUAUUCUCCGGGGGAGGUAGUUCUCCUGAGGAUUAUGCCCGCUCAAUCAGCGGCGAGCCGUACUCUAUCCACCCAGUGUUCUCCAACUCUGACAACGUACAACCCAACUUGGUUCUGGCGUCGUCUUUGCCAGAUCGCCAAUUGCGGUCCGAAUUCUCUAAUAUCGAUUUGCCAGGGCUGGGUCUUGUGGUGGAUGUUCAUCAUGGAUUUCCGAGGAGAUCGUCCGCAGAUAACUUGACUCAUAGUCAAAGUGAAUGGUCGCCAUCGUCGCGACAAAUAUCACGGGGGUGCCAAUUGUUUUUCACUCAUGUCUCGCCGUUUCUGCCAUUUCUUCACAAAGCUACGUUUGAUCCUUAUCAAUCGUGUCCUCUGUUACUCCUCGGCAUCCUUUCUCUUGGGUAUCAAUACGGCGAGGACCCCGACCUUGGAGACAAACCAGCCACGGGCAGUCAGCUAUCAAAGAUAUGCUUUUACCAAGCUCGAACCCUUAUCACUCCAAACCAACGCGAAUCAAGUGAUUCAUUUCAGAAUAUCACAACGGUUCAAUCAUAUCUGCUGCUCCAGGUCUGCUCCAUGAUGUAUCUUUGUGGCAAAGACUCCGUCUAUGGGCUGAAGAUCCACUCUACCAUGAUUGCACUGGCGAGAAAAUCCGGGCUUAUGCAGCCAGUGUCAAUGGAGCCUGUGGCCUCUAGCAAUCUGGAGUCAUUAUGGCAUGGUUUUAUCAAAGCAGAGUCACACAAACGAACCAUCUUCGCAGUGCAUCAGAUGGAUGCACUAUGGUAUCAAUGCCUAUCCAUCCCUCGCUCAAUUUCUCAUUUAGAAGUUAAGCAUGAUUUGCCGUGUCCUAUAGAUCAGUGGCUUGCAUCUUCUGCUGCGGAAUGGGCACAUUGUCAACUUGUCACUGGAAAUGUCAAUUCAUCAGUACAGUACGCAGAUGCUGUUCGUCGGUUCCUAUCACCCGACAUGGGCGUGCAAUCAAUGCCCACAUUCGAUCCUUAUGGCACUGUCAAUAUUGCACAGUUUCUGAUUUCAAGCGGUCGCGAAAUAUCGGGAUGGUCUACUAUGACAGGUAUGCUUAGCAUUGAAAGAUUCGGGGCAUUGAGGUCAUCGCUUGUCGCACUUGGUCCCUUUAGUCGUUCCAAACCAGAAGAACCAUGUGAAGGACAUCUAGCAUUAUGCGAGGCUACCUGGGAAACUGCCAUGAUCGAAAUACAACUUUGGAGUCCAUCACACACUGGAGGGAUUGUGGAAGAAAGUAUAGAUGCUGUCUUGACCCAGUCCACUUACUUGUCUCCAUCUUGUGACUUACUGUGCGAUGUUGAGAACGCUGCGAUAAUUCAACCACACGUUGACUGGUUUCUCCGGUACCUGGAUGCUGCUUUGCCAGAUUCUGAAGCUCCAUGGGUAGUUUUAUACGCUUAUAAAGCCUUUUUAGUUGCUUGGCAGCUCUUACGUGGAGGUCUAUCCGGUGCCAUGAGCGUCAUACGCAUCCAAGAUGGUGAUCUGGAGGGGGCUUUGAAGUGGGCCAAGUUAGCUUUUCGCCAGAGAGAGCGUUGGCAAAUUGGCAAGCUCAUAUUGGCUUGUCUAGACGAUCUCAGUAAAUGA